UCCUGCCCCAGGUGCAGAGCACAAAGGCAGCUGCUGGUGUGAGCAGCAGAUUUUCCAUGGUUUUGACACCCAGGGACUUUUCCUUUCCAGUCUCUGAUCCAGAGGAGCUCCCUGUGCUUUCCUGAGGAGAAUUCCCUGGGAGUGCUGUCCCUGGAGCACAGCUCAGGGCAGGCACAGUCCAGAGGGAAAUUCCAGAGUCCCUUCCUGGCCAGGAGCCUCUCCUGAUGCUGACCCUCUGUGCCAGCCUGGAUUAGAUGAACAAGGCAGUCCAGCACAGUCCAGUCUCAGAAGACCAGAGGAGAAAAGUCAUUUUUAGGUUUCUGAGAGCUGUGACUCCAUCUUUGUUAACGGCAAGGAGAUGAAGAGCAAAGUGGACACGAUUGUGAAUUUCACCUACCAACAUUUCACCACGCAGCUGGAGGUGACGGUCUGGGUGCCGCGGCUGCCGCUGCAGAUCGAGAUCUCUGACACCGAGCUCAGCCAGAUCAAGGGCUGGAGGAUCCCUGUCACCUCCAACAAGAGGCCCACGCGGGACAGCGAGGAUGAGGAGGAUGACGAGAAGAAGGGCAAAGGCUGCACCCUGCAGUACCAGCACGCCCUGGUGAGGGUCCUGACGCAGUUCGUGGCCGAGUCCUCGGAGCUCGGAGGCCACCUGACCUACCUGCUGGGCUCGGAGUGGCAGUUUGACAUCACUGACCUGGUGGCUGAUUUCAUGAAGGUGGAGGAGCCCAAGGUGGCCAAGCUGCAGGAGGGCCGGGUGCUGGCCGGGCGGGAGCAAGGCAUCACCACGGUGCAGGUGCUGUCCCCUCUCUCGGAUUCCAUCCUGGCAGAGAAGACAGUGAUAGUUCUGGAUGACAGGGUGACCAUUGCUGACCUGGGCGUGCAGCUGGUGUCAGGCCUGUCUGUGUCCUUUCAGAGCAGCAAAGGAAACAAGAGAGCCAUCCUUGCCACCACCUCUGCCCACGACAUCCUGCGCACUCCCAAACAGGAGGCUGUGGUGAGUGCUUGGGUUCUGUUCAGCGACGGGGCGGUGACGCCCUUGGACAUCUACGACUCCAAGGACUUCUCCAUGGCCAUCACCUCCCUGGACGAGAUGGUGGUGUCCUCACACCAGAGCCUUCAGUCCCUCUGGCCCGUGGUGGUGGCAGAAGGGGACGGGCAGGGGCCCCUGAUCAAAAUUGAGAUGGUGAUCAGCGAGCCCUGCCAGAAGACCAAGCGCAAGAGCGUUCUGGCCGUGGGGAAAGGAAACGUCAAAGUGAAGUUUGGCCACAAGGAUUCGGACCAGAAGGGGAGCACCAACGACAUCGACGAUGUGGAGAAAGAUUUUAAAAGCCAUGCCAGCAACGCCAUAGAGAAAGCUGCAGAACAAGAGAGGACAGCACAAGACUGGUCCAAAACCCACGAGGAUGUGUCCGGUCCUGAGGACAAUGCGAACAAAAGCACAACUUUCAUCUCUCCCCUUGAUCAGGAGUCCCUGGAGGAUGGCCAGCUUCAGAACAACCCAACUGCCUUCACAGGUUUCCCUGCCCAAGUAGAAGUACCGGGAGAAAGCAAUCCCAGUGAUCUCUCAUUGACUUCCAGAGGAUUGACAGACCUGGAGAUCGGCAUGUACGCGCUGCUCUGCGUUUUCUGCUUGGCAAUCUUGGUGUUUCUGAUUAACUGCGUGGCGUUUGCUUGGAAGUACAGGCACAAAAGGUUUGCUGUGAGUGAGCAAGGCAACAUCCCCCAUUCCCAUGACUGGGUCUGGCUUGGAAAUGAGGUGGAGCUCCUGGAAAACCCAGUGGACAUUUCGCUCCCAUCAGAGGAGUGCACUACCAUGAUUGACAGAGGGAUGCAGUUUGAAGAAAGCAACUUUCUCCUUAAUGGGAGUUCUCAGAAGACUCUUCAUAAUCAUAUCCUCAGAUCUUCUGAGUACCUUUGUGAAAAAGAAGUUAAAAGUGAACCUAUAAAUCCUUCUGGGCCAAAGCAGAAGCGAGUAAAGUUCACUUCAUAUACAACAAUACUGCCAGAGGAUGGAGGCCCCUACACCAACUCAAUUCUAUUUGACAGUGAUGAUAAUAUUAAAUGGGUAUGCCAAGAUAUGAAUCUUGGUGAUUCCAAGGAACUUAGGGACUAUAUGGAAAGACUGCAAGACAAUAUGUAAAACUACUUUCUUAUGUUUGUAAUCACCUUUAUGCCUUCUGUUUAUGGAUGGUGGAGCAGUCAGUCCAGUCAGCAAUAGGAACAAGACAGCCCAACCCUGGAGGUCCUGAGAUGAUAACCUGAUGGCAGAGAGCAGGUCCAAGAGGCUGGCUGAGUUAAUCCUGUUUCACCACAAACCAGGAUGUGCCCCUAAAGCAGCUCCCUGUAGGUGUUGGAGGUGUCCCACACGAUGGCUGUGGCUGUGUACUGCCUGGUUCUAGCCAAAUGCUGAUCCAGCUGCGCUCAGACUCAGAGGAGACUCCGUUUGUUGGUCAUCUCUCAUGAGAAAUGGUCACUCAGAAAGGAAAGGGAUGUUUGUUUGCAUUGAUUUUUUUCUAGUCGUCGUCCUUUGUAAAGCACAGUGGACAUUUCUUGCUCACAGCCUGAGAGGAGGCUCAUGGAAAAAGGGAUUGGAAUGAAUCUCAUUUUAUUGCCUAUGUGCAAUGCAGCCAAGUAGUCUUAUUAUUUUUUACAGAUAUAAAAAACCCCAUGUGGUUAAUUUCUUCUUAUAUUGUUUGUGAAUUUUAUUUGACUUAGGGAACAUUAAAUAUUUUCUUUGAAGGGGUUUGGUUUUUUUUUGGUUGUACCAAAGUGUAGUACAGUAAUAUUUAUAAUGAUUUGAGUUUUUUAUUCAUCUGCUUCAGCCCCCAGAGAUACCUCCUUCAUCCCUGACUAUCUUCCUCCUUUCCAUAUGGGUCGUUAGUAUUUGAACCAUAGAAAGGAAUUAGAACUCUUACUGGGAAAGGGUUGUGUCUUCUUACAGGGAACUGUAAAUAUAAUAAUAAACCCUGGAAAAUAAAAAUCAA